AUGCAUAACAAGCUUGGGGUAAAUGCGGCACAAUUUAAUCAAGAUGUUACAAAUAGAAUAGUAAAUGGAAACAUUGCAUCUGAACUUCAAUUUCCAUACAUGGUCUCCUUACAACAAUUAGGCAACGCUCAGUCGUCAGACACAAGAGGACACAGAUGCGGAGGUGUGCUUGUUACUUUACAACAUGCGCUAACCGCCGCAUCUUGCCUGUUCGAUGUUGUUAGUGGAAAUGCUACAGUUAUUAAGCCUGAUGAAUAUCGUAUAUUUGCUGGUUCUUCCUUAUUGACUAAUGAUACUUCUGCGGAUCGUAUAAGAAAUAUUGCUAAUUUUACCAUACAUCCAGAAUACACAGGAUCACCAGGCUAUGUUAAUAAUAUUGCAAUCAUAACAUUUACUGCACCUUACAGCAAUGCAGUUGUACAACCUUUGUCACUGCCGGCUAGUGAUUUCCAGCCGGCUGAUUUUACUCUUUGCACAAUGGCUGGGUGGGGCGGAGCUAACGCUUCAGCCUCGGCUAGCACAACUCUAAGAUAUGCAAAUAAAUACAUUUACAAUCAACAUCUUUGCUCCUUAUUAUAUAACAUCGACCCUAUUUCUUUGAAUAUUUUGCCCUCCAUGGUAUGUGCUGCAUCGUAUGAUACGAUAUCUUCUGGUUGUGAAAGAGACGUCGGAAAUCCAUUGGUUUGCAAUAAUAUUUUGACGGGCGUACUAUUUGGCACACAUCAAUGCCAAAUAUCUUCUUAUCCCGAACUAUAUACUAGAGUUUCCACCUACUCGGACUGGAUUAAUAGUGUAUCAAGUGCACCAAAUAUUUUCUCCUCUGGUACUGUUUUGUUAUUUAUGAUUGUGGUAACCUUUUUAUUUACAGUAAAUAAUGAUUAG